AUGGAAAAAAAAAUUAAUUCAAUUAAAUUUAUUAAACUUUCUGUAUUUCUCUUUUUAAAUUUGAUUUUCCACUUAAACAAUGAUGUGAGUAUAAUUAGUAAAUCCGUAGAUGAUAACUUUUAUCUUGGUAGAAAAUUAGAUACAAGAUAUUAUCGAUCACUAUCAAAAUAUAAACAAGAUAAAGAUUCAAACAAUAUUUGUUUAGGAGAAAGAUUUUCAAAUAAUGGAGUAAAUGAACGAAGAGAUAUAUUAAAUGAUGAAAAAGUAGUCAAAAAAAAAAAUCAACAAUUAAAGAGAAGCUCAUUAAAUAAUGCGCAAUAUUUUACAGAAAUUGUAGAUUAUAAUAAAGGGAUGUUUGAUGGAAAGCAUUUCCAUUUUGAAAAAAAAUGGAUUAAAAAAAAAGAUUACGAUCAUUUUCUUGAAAAAAAUAGAAGAAUUCGUGAUAUAUCAUUAAAAAAAAUAGGGUUCAGAGAUUACGGAUUUGCAGUUAUUAUAAUUUUUAUAUUACUACUGUUAGGAAUAGGAUAUCCCAUAUUACUAGGAUUAAGGCAUUUGAAUACUGUAGGGGAAAAGAUUAAGGAAUUACUAGAAGGAGUUUCUAUAAUAGACAGCAGUACAGGAAUACCAUCUUAUACUUAUGUAUUAUCAUUUGCUGUGAGUAUUGUAAUAUUAUCUAUCAUAAUAAUAAUAGCUAUGACUAAGAUCUUAAAAAAUAAUGAAAAAUAUAAUAAAAUUAAGUUAAUUUAUGGGUAA